AUGUCAAAUUCAGAGGAUACAACCGAUUUUAUCACUUCAGUUAAUGAUAUUCCUCAAUUAAAACGUAGUGUUAGAGUAUUAAAUCCUUCAAGAGUUGAAAUAAUGGAAAGAAGAGCAAAUCCAAGUCCAAAAAAUGAUGAAAAUUUAAUUAAUUUUAGUACCUUAAAAUCAAAUUUUAAUCAAGCACCACCAAAAUUUAACAAUAUUCAGUCAGAGUAUAUUUUAAAUAAUUCAUUUUUAAGUGGAUUGGAUAAUGUAAAUAUUUCAUUUCCAGAAGAAGAUUUGAAACAAAUUUGUGAAUUAAUUAAAAUUGAUUAUUCAAGUGAAGGAAUGAAACAAUUAUUGAAUAAAAUAUCAACACUUGUUAAUGAAAAUAAGAAAAAUAGAGAAUCUAAAGAUGGUUUAGAAUCUCAAUUAAUUAAAUUAAAUGAUAUGGUUUCAAAAUUGACUAAUGAAAAGGAAAAUUAUACUCAAAUCAAUUCAAAAUUAAGUAAUGAAAUUGAAAUUAUUAAUAAUGAAGUUAUGAAUUUAGAAAAAAGUCAAAAGAGAUCUGAUGAUGAGUAUAAAAUAAAUAUAUCAAAGUUGGAAAAUGAAUUAUUUUUGAUUAAGGAAAAAGAAUUGGCAUUAAUUGAAGAAAAUAAUAUGAACCAAAGUAAUCAGAUGGAGUUGAUGAAGGGACAUAAAGAAGCAGAAGAACAAAAUAAACAGUUAAAUGAAGAAUUGGAAGUUUUAAUUAAAGAAAAAAUUGAAAUGGAAGGCGAAUUAAAUAAGGAAAUGGAUCAAUUAAAAACAAGGGUAGAAUCAUUAAUUGAGUCAAAUAAAUCAAUGGAUAAAAAGAAUCAUCAAUUGAAAAAGGUUCUCAAUGAAAAAGAAAACAAACUUGAUAAUCUAAAUAACCAAUUAUCCACAAUCAAAUCCAAGUACAUUAAAAAAUUACAAUUUGUUGAAAAAGAAUCAGCUUUCAAAAUUGAUGCACAAUUGGUUGAAAUUAAUUUAUUAAAAAGAAUCAAUCAAAAAUUAAUUGAUGGUGAAAUUAUCAUUAAUGAAUCAGCAACCUCUGCAAAAACAAAUGGAUCAGACUUAAACCCUGAAAUAAUUUAUAAAUUUUCAACAAAUAAAAAUAACAAUACAAAUUAUUCAGAAUAUUUAAGUGUAUUAUAUGAAAGGAAAUAUUUAAAUGCAUUAACUGAAAACAAAAGUUUAUUAAAUUCAAAUAAUAUUUCAAUUACUUCAUUAAUUACAAUUCUUAGAUUUAAUUUAGUUAAUUUUGAAAAAUAUUUAUCAACAAAUAAUAAAGUUCAUUUAUUUAAAUUAUUAAUUACUGAAUUAGAAAAAAGGAAAAAUUUAAAUAAGAAUGAUGUUAAUUUACUUGAAAAGAUUAUUCAAAAUAAUAAAUAUUUAUUAAGUGAAUUAGUUGAGAAAGGUAAACAAUAA